AUGAUGAUGCCAGGCAUGGAAGCUGCUGCUGGCGCCGAGGGUGGUGCUGCACAAGAUUCUAACAAGAUUGUGGACCUCUUGGACUUCGUGGAAAAAAAGAGCUGCUACGCCCGCAAUGAAGACCCCCGCUUUCCUCAUUCCAACUUGUUCAUUGGGGACUCCCGACUUGGUUGUAAGAGUGAUGCUGACGAGCAGUUGAUUUUGCACAUUGAAUUCAAUCAAUUUGUCAAGAUUCAUUCUCUCAAAUUCACAGCCUUCAAUCAAGGCAACGAACCAGAAACCAGCCCAACUGUUGUCAAACUGUACAUUAAUAGACCAAAUCUUGGCUUCGAAGACAUUGAUGAUGUCGAUGAGACUCAAGCAUUGGAAUUGACAUCGGAAGACUUGCGAGAGGGAUCCGAUGCCAUGCUUUUAAAAUUUGUCAAGUUUCAACGCGUUAGCUCCUUGACAAUCUUUAUUGAAGAUAAUAAUGGAGGUGAUGUCAGUUCCUUGGGUGGACUGAAACUAUACGGCAAGACAGUCGCUACCACGAACAUGUGCGACUUCAAAAAGAACAAAGGAUGA